AAGUAUUGCAUGGGGAGGAAGCCCGGGCAGCCGCAGGCCCCAGAGGUAGCUGGUGGCUGUCAGCAGGAGGGAGCUGUGGACCCCGGGCAGUGCUCAGGGACAUGUCGGGGCAUCAGGCCUCCCCUGCCUGGGGGAGGCAGGCUGCCAAUCUGCCCUGUGACCCCUGAGUCCCAUGGCCUCCUGGGGCCCUAGGACACCUGCCCCUAGCCUGUCCACGGACAGGAGCAGAGCCAUGUGCUGGCAGACUGCCUUCAGCUUCAUGGCGGCCGAGGAGAUGCAUUGGCCCGUCCCCAUGAAGGCCAUUGGUGCCCAGAACUUGCUAACCAUGCCUGGGGGCGUGGCUAAGGCCGGCUACCUGCAUAAGAAGGGUGGGACCCAGCUGCAGUUGCUCAAAUGGCCGCUGCGCUUUGUCAUCAUUCACAAGCGUUGCAUCUACUACUUCAAGAGCAGCACGUCUGCCUCCCCGCAGGGCGCCUUCUCUCUGAGCGGCUACAACCGGGUGAUGCGGGCAGCUGAAGAGACAACGUCCAACAACGUCUUCCCCUUCAAGAUUGUCCACAUCAGCAAGAAGCACCGCACCUGGUUCUUCUCGGCCUCCUCUGAGGACGAGCGCAAGAGCUGGAUGGCUUUGCUGCGCAAGGAGAUCGGCCAUUUUCACGAGAAGAAGGAAUUGCCCCUGGACACCAGUGACUCCAGCUCGGACACAGAUAGCUUCUAUGGUGCAGUCGAGCGGCCUGUGGACAUCAGCCUAUCCCCGUACCCCACAGACAAUGAAGAUUACGAGCAUGAGGAUGAAGAUGACUCGUACAUGGAGCCUGACUCCCCCGAGCCCAUGGAGCCUGAGGACACCCUGACCCACCCACCGGCCUACCCGCCGCCUCCUGUGCCCACACCCAGGAAGCCAGCCUUCUCCGACAUGCCCCGUGCUCACUCCUUUGCCUCCAAGGGCCUGAGCCCCCUGCUGCCACCCCCACCCCCUAAACGUGGCCUCCCUGACGCCAGCCCAGCUCCCGAGGACUCCAAGAGGGACCCACUGGGCCUGAGGCGGCCUGAGCCUGGCCCCAGGGGGUCCCUGGCCCCACGGAGGAUGAGUGACCCCCCGCUUGGCCCCCCGCCAACCAUGCCCAGCCUCCGGAAACCCCCUUGCUUCCGUGAGAGUGCCAGCCCCAGCCCAGAGCCCCGGGUCCCCAGCCACGGGCCUGGUUCUGCCUGCAGCUCUGCCAGCAUGGCCGCUGCCUCCUCCAGGAACUGUGACAAACUCAGAUCCUUCCAUCUGUCUCCCCGGGGGCCACCCACGCCUGAGCCUCCACCUGUGCCGGCCAACAAGCCCAAGUUCUUAAAGAUGGUGGAAGAGGCCCCCAUCGGGGAGGCAGCCAGGCCCAGACUCUUUGUGCCCCCUGUGGCCCCCAGGCCCCCCGCACUGAAGCUGUCCACGCCUGAGGCCACAGCCAGGCCAGUGGUCCUGCCGAGGACGGAGAAGCCACCCCUCCCCCACCUGCAGAGGUCACCCCCUGAUGGGCAGAGUUUCAGGAACUUCUCCUUUGAAAAACCCCAACGGCCCUCAAAGGCCGACAGCACUGGUGGGGAGGACUCUGACGAGGACUAUGAGAAGGUGCCGCUGCCCAGCUCUGUGUUUAUCAACACCACGGAAUCCUGCGAAGUAGAAAGGCUGUUCAAAACCACAAGCCCCCAGGGAGAGCCCCAGGAUGGACUCUACUGCAUCCGGAACUCCUCCACCAAGUCGGGGAAGGUUCUGGUCGUGUGGGAUGAGAGCUCCAACAAAGUGAGGAACUACCGCAUCUUCGAGAAGGACUCGAAGUUCUACCUGGAGAGCGAGGUGCUGUUCGUGAGCGUGGGCGGCCUCGUGGAGCACUACCACACGCACGUGCUGCCCGGCCACCAGAGCCUGCUGCUGCAACGUCCUUACGGCUACACGAGACCCAGGUGACGCCGGCGACCCCUGCUGCUGUGCAGAGACCAGCCACGGGGGCCGUGACCCCAGGCCACGCAGAUGAGACGGGCCCACUGGGGUGAUGAGCCAGAUGUAGCACCAUGAUCCUUCCCAGGGCCUCCCCAACAGAUACCUUCUAGAAUCUCACAGACCAGGCUCCUCUCAGCAGGCUGGGUCCCUGGGGCUGGGCCAGGUUCUGCUCUCCAGAGGAUGGGGGGGCCGGGGGUGCUCUCCUGUGACACGUACCCCACCCUGCCCCAGCUCCCCAGAGCCCGGGGUCCCAGGACCAAGCCCUGCCUGGGCUUUGUGGACAAGAAUUGUGGUCUUCCCCCCCACUCCCCAGCUCCCCCAGCACACUAACCCGGCACUGUGCUGGG